AUGCUCGCGCCCUGGGCCGCCGACGACCCGGUCGGGCGGGCUGCGCGGCCGCCGUACACCAUCAGGCAGGCGCGCGACCACUCGCAGCGCGCCGCAGCCCACCGCGCAGCCCUGCCAGCCAAGCCUGCGCCUCAAAGCUGCACAAACAGGCGCACAACAGAGUACAGCACACAGCACGAGCAGAGACCUACACCUCCACGCGCUCCGCACCGCCGCGCCGAUCUUCGCGCUCCAUGUCAAGAACACGGAAUCGUCAAAAUUUGUCUCGUCGAAAGCCAGGGCGGCAUCGCGCCGCCGACCAAGAGAAUCAUCUUCAACUUCGCCAAAGAGGUCGGCAGCCCGAGCGCCGUGGUCCGCACCGACUACGGCACAGCCUCCGGCAGCGCCCGGGGCUUCGCCCAGCACCACUCGCAACAGCUCUCGCGCGCCGCCGUCUGUGGCGACGCGCAGAACAUCAACAACGCUGCUCGCAACAUGCGUGUCGCGCACUCAUUCAUGACCGGUCUCAAUGGCUCGCACCUCAACCUCUCAUAG